GUGUGUCAAGCACACCUUGAAGUGUGUACACGUACCGUGUUUGAUUAUAUUCUUCUGCAUAUACUUAUAAUAUAUUGAGCAAGGAUACGGAUAAGAAGUGGGAUGUUGGGAGCCGUGACUGCGUAAAAGAGUCUAUACCAAGUUCAUAUACACGAGGGCCUACAGAUAUGAAGUGGAAUGUUGGACUCUUGGGUGUGCUGACUUACGAUACUGUAUGAUUUCCGACGAUUCCUCACUCUCGCUCCGAUAAUUGCCGGCAGUACAAGAUAGAAGGGUGAAUCCGUUAUGCGUCAUGCCCGUACAGCUAUCAAUAUCUGCCUUCUACCGUCCGGGAACCCGUGCUCGAACGUUGAACGUUCGAUAUUCUCUAUGCUUGCUUCAUGCCCUUACUCACCCCACCACGCGCCUCACAAUCGCAGGAGAAUCAGGGCGGGCGAUCUGACCUAUCCGCCUGAUCUGGACCCACCCCUCACAGACGAGUGCAUGAACUUCAUACACGCGCUGCUCAACCCCGACACGGACCAACGCCUGGGCAUGAGUAAGCCAUGGGCCGGGCCGGGAAUCAACGAAGUGUUUGAGCAUCCGUUCUUGCGGGGGGUCGAUUGGGAGGCUCUCAAGCAACGGAAGAUAGAGCCCCCCUACGUGUGUCAUCCGGGCGAGGGCUCGGAUGACGACAAGGGAAUGAACGCGUUCGAUACGCUUGCGUUUCAGGUCAGUAAGGGGCGGUUGCCGAAGAUCGGCAUCAACAAGGGGGACCGGGCCAAGGGGAUCGAUGGGGUAGGUAGCGGGAACGAAAACUCCCGAAGUUCGGGCGGAUGGAACAGCAAGCAACUGGGGAAAACACUGAGUCGGAAUAGUGGGCACUGUGGCACACCCGGUAGCACGUGCGGGUCUCAGGUGACUGCGGUUGGUGGCGAUUCGGUGGUCACGCGGAUAGGGGAGGUUGUGGGAGGUGAGGAGGGCUCUGAGGGGACUGGAAAGGGCCCUAGUAGCAGGCUACAGGUGCAGGAUAGCAAGGCCAAGACUAAGCUUCAGGUUCAGGAUAGUAUGGGGAAGGACAGGGAGAAGGACAGGGAGGGGUCUCGGAGUGAGAACAGCGAGCAGAAGAGCAUG